UUUGAUAAACUUAAGAGUUGUUUUUCCUUUUUCAGGGCCGACUACUGGAAGUCACAACCGAAGAAAUUCUGUGAUUACUGCAAGUGCUGGAUAGCCGACAAUAGGCCUAGCGUUGAAUUUCAUGAAAGAGGAAAGAACCACAAGGAAAAUGUGGCCAGGAAGAUCAGCGAGAUUAAACAGAAAAGCCUGGAUAAGGCAAAGGAAGAAGAAAAGGCAUCCAAGGAGUUUGCUGCCAUGGAGGCAGCUGCCCUGAAGGCAUACCAAGAGGAUCUGAAAAGGCUUGGCUUGCAGUCAGACAUUUCAGAGCCAACUAUAUCACCAGUCAUCAACACUGUCCAGCCCACCCCUACACCAAAUCAACAGAAAGAGAAGAAAAAGAAGAAGAAAAAGAAAGAGGCUUCUAAGGGUAGAUGGGUGGAAGGCGUAACAGCCGACGGCCACUGUUACUAUUAUGAUCUCGUCACAGGAGCAUCUCAGUGGGAAAAGCCAGAAGGAUUUCAAGGGAACUUAAAAAAGACAACAGCAAAGGCCAUUUGGGUAGAAGGUUUAAGUGAAGACGGCUACACCUAUUACUAUAAUACAGAAACAGGAGAAUCCAAAUGGGAAAAGCCUGAUGAUUUCAUUCCACAUGGUGGUGCUGUGCUUUCUAGUAAGGACAGUGAAAAGUUACCUGACUCCCUAGAAGACCCCCAAUCAUCCGAUUCUCACGGCGAUUCUGAUGAUGAACAGAAGAAAGCGGGAGAGGCCUCUGCAGAAACAAAGAAGCUAAUAAUCAAGUUUAAGGAAAAAAAUAAAAGUACUGAGAAAAGAAUUGGCCCAGAAAUACAAAAAGAAAAAACUACUCCAAAACAGAACCCGUCAAAUACAAAUGAAGAAAAACCCAAAACUCCGAGGAAAUCGACGAACCCUUAUGGGGAAUGGCAAGAAAUUAAACAAGAGGCGGAGUCUCAAGAAGAGGUCGAUUUGGAACUUCCAAGCACUGAAAAUGAAUGUCUAUCAAGUUCAGAAGCUGGUGCUGGGGAAACCAAAGUGGUAUUUAAAGAGAAAACAGUUUCUUCUCUGGGAGUUGCAGCAGAUGGAGUGGCCCCAGUCUUCAAAAAGAGAAGAAUUGAAAAUGGAAAAUCUCGAAAUUUAAGACAGCGAGGUGAGGACGAGUGACUGAAGCUGCAGGCAGAAGAGGCGUGUCCUUUCCAAGCUCCUGCUUCAAAUACUGUAGUGCUGCAUUUUACAUUUAUGCUAAAUGUUUUUAUGUGAAUCAAAAUAAAUCUUCCUUCAUGUGAAAUUUAUUUUUGUUCCUUAAAUGGAAGCCUAUCACAUUGCAUUGUAAUACAGUGUAUUAUGUUCAAUGUCUAAAAUUGCUAAUUAUAUAAUAACUUAAGAUGCUAUGUAUCUGUUAUUUAAAACAUGGGGAAGGCCUUUGCACAGUUCUUACUCAUAAACAUAUUUAUUCUGCAUUGAAAAUGCAUUAUUUCCAUAUGCUGAAAUUUACUUGUUACCUGAGAAAUAAGAAGUUAGACACAGAAGUACACAGCCCCAAGACAGUGUGGUUUUGAUAGUCCUUUCCGAAGCCUGGAUGGAGAAAGCUGCAGAUAGGCUUCUCUUACUUCAUUUAAGACAGAAGGCCAGGAGGAGCCACUUGAGUCCUAAAGUGCACAGAGACAGCCGGACCAAGGGUUGAAACCUGUUCUUGAUGCAAAGUGUCUAAAAGCAUUUUAACACAGGGCGAAGCCUCAGGGACCUAGAGAUAGGAGCACGGGCUCCUCCCUCAUUCACAUUCUGGCAUAGUCCUUCCUAGUCAGAAGAAGUACUGGAUCCAUUAGAAGGUUUAUCUAAGGUGAUGUCAACCAAAGGCUUGAACUGAAAUAGGUUUCAUUGUCCACUUAGAUGUUUCCCAUUUUCUGGUUACAUUUCUUAAAUAGAAAUUUCAUAUUCUAUUUGAAGUAUUUCCCUUUAUUACUUUUGAAUAUUUUUAAUCAUAUUUUUCAUAAGUUGUAUGUAACUUUUGGUAGCAAAUGUCUUUUUACAAUUGUUAGUGUACUUGUAAGAAUAGCUUAUUAAAAACCAUAAAGUAAAUUAAA